AUGGAUCUUCCAACAUAUCUCAAGAUACUGACCGAUCUGGUCGAACAAAAAGUUGAAGGAUUUACAGCAGGCGAUGAGGAACUCCGGGUUGCAGGACUCGAGGCAGCCAAAUUCAUAUUCGACAAUGCAUUGAAAAGCGAACCUACUGCCUACCCUGCAAUUGAAUCCCUUCUUCGCUCGACAGUCCAAACUACACAAGAGUUGCUCUCCCCCACCCCACCUUCUCCUUCCGUGGCUGGGAAAAAGAGGAAACGCAGCCCCUCUCCUCUUCCAACCAAACUGGACUCAGGAAUACAACCCACUCCGCUUUCGGAGCUCUUUAUUCAAGGAAUGGACGAGCACCAAGUAUGGGAGCAGCUUGAAUUGCGGGCCAGGAGGGUCUGCGCCAUGGCCUCGGGACUGCUAGAAACGAGCAAUGGAAUGGACCUUACGGGUGAGGAUGAAGGCAUCAACGCGAGUGAUAUGAUGGAUCUCCUUGACGACGAUGAUAUGGAGGAGGAAAUGGAAGACAACGACGAGGAUGACGAUGAUGAUGACGAUGACAUGGACUCCAAUGAAGAUCCAAGCUUGACCGAGGACGAGACGGAAGAGGAGGAAGAGUCCGAGGAGGGCGGCGAUCCUGAGGCGGGAUAUGGCCAAGAAGGCGUUGAAGACCUUCGUGAUGAGAAAGACGAAGAUGAGGAAGACGACGAUGAUCUCUCAGCCCCUCAUCCUAAUCUGAACGCACCGGGAAGCCUCUCCCGCAAACCCUCACUUCGGAAACGCCCCAAGCAUCCCACGCUUGACGAUGAUUUCUUCUCCAUUGACGACUUCAACAGGGAGACGGAAGCCAUGGAGGCCCGCACGCGGUCUGCGGGAAGACUGGGGGAUGAUGAAGAGGAGGAAAUGGACGAGGAUCUCGAUUUGUUCGCGGCAGUAGAGGAUGAUCCUGAGGAGGAAGGCGAGCCAGCAUACCAGGAUUUCUUCGCCCCUGUGCGAGCCCAGAAACCUACUUCAAAACCCCGACGCCCGGACCCGUCAGCGAGUGGGAGUGCGGACGACGAAGGCAAGGGCGGUGUGCGGUUCAACGAGUCUGUGCGAGUGAAGACGAUCAAACCCAAAAGAGUCAUUCCGAAGAAGAGGCGUCUGAAGCUAGACUUUGAUCCGAGUGAAUAUCCGUUCUUGGGGGACGAUAUAGACGAAGACGGAAUGGAGCUAGAGGAUGACGAAGAGAGUGAAGAGAAUGAUGACGGAGCGGAAGAGAUGGAGGGGAUUGACGACUUCGAUGAACAAUUUGGCGACCAGGAGGGCGAGGAAGAAGAAGAAGAAGAGGAGGCUGAUGACGGUGCAGAGACGAUAACCCGCCUGAAAAACGACCUAUUCGAGGACGAUGAAGUCGAUGCUUCAUCAGCCAACCUCUCCACACACGAAAAGCGGCUUGCCGCACUGUCCGAACAGAUUUCGGCACUCGAAGCUGAGAAUGUAGCGAAGAAAGACUGGACUCUCAUGGGAGAAGCGGGUGCUCGAACACGUCCCGUCAACAGCCUGCUUGAAGAAGAUCUCGACUUUGAGCACACCGGCCGUCAGGUACCGGUCGUCACCGAGGAAACGACGCAUACACUCGAAGAGCUUAUCAAGAAGCGCAUUUUGGACAAUCGCUUUGAUGACGUAGUGCGGAAAAGGCCAGUGGAUGACAAACCAUUCCUCCCCAGCAGGAUGUUUGAAUUGCAGGACACCAAGAGUCAAAAGUCUCUUGCGCAGAUAUAUGAAGACGACUACACUGCGGCGACGACUGGAGAUAAGAGCGUGGUGGAUGAUCGAGACGGGAAGCUCAAGAAGGAGCAUGACGAGAUUGAAAAAAUGUGGGAGGGGAUUGCGUACAAGCUCGACGCGCUCAGCAAUGCACACUUCACUCCUAAGGCUCCCAAAGCAACCAUUGAGACUGUGUCGAACUUGCCCUCGAUCUCCAUGGAGUCCGCAAUGCCAACCACCAAUAGCACAGCAACCAUGCUCGCGCCGGAGGAAGUCUUCUCGACGUCCAAGGAUGCUCUCGUGUCCAAGACCGAGAUGACGCCAGAGGAGAAGAAAGCUGAGCGGCGAAAGCAGAAGACUGCUUUUAAGCACGAUCACGAGCGGCUCGGGCAGGCUGUACAGUCCUUCGGCGGGGUCAAAACUGUCAAAGGGGCCGUGGGGGCGAAGAAAGGCAAGAAGGGGGUACGGGGCGAAAAGGAAGAGGCUCUCAAGAAGGUCGUCAAGGAGGGCAGGGGGGUCACUGUCAUUGGCAAAGAGGGCAAAGGCAAGGGGAAGGAGAAAGCAGUCCCACGAGCGUCUUUACUCAAGCUUUAG